AUGGUGACGUCGGCGGGAGGAGCAGGGCACGGUCAAGAAAAAUCGCAUGAAAGCGGAGAGGAUAAGAACGAGAGGGAGCAGGACGAGGAGGGAGAUCAGUAUCCGGGCAAUGAGGGUCCCGCGGAGGGAGGGAAAUACGUUCGAUACACGAGCGAGCAGGUGGAGGUGUUGGAGAAAGUCUAUAAGGAAUGUCCGAAACCCAGCUCCGUCCGGCGGUCGCAACUUAUCAAGGAAUAUCCCGUGCUGUCGAACAUCGAGCCGAAGCAGAUCAAAGUCUGGUUCCAGAACCGAAGAUGUCGCGAGCGGCAGCGGAUGGAGUACAGCCGGCUGCAGAGCAUGAACUCGCGCCUCUCCGCCCUCAACAAGCUGCUCGUGGAGGAGAACGAGCUCUCCACGCGCAAGAUCUCGCAGCUCACGCUCGAAAACAUGCUCUUGCGACAGCAGGUCGCACGCCUGGAGGCGUCGCAGCAGCUCGGCGGACCGACGCCGGGGUCUGUAGCUGCGGCCGCCGCCGCUGCAGCUGCGGCUGCGGCAGCCGCGGAUCCGAUGAAGCUUCCCGGCGCUGCUGCUGCCGCUGCUGCUGCUGCUGCUGCUGGUCCCGUUCCCGGCAUUCCCACUGCUGUAAGCGUUUCUGCUCCUUUGGACUUGUUUUGCCGCGAGCUCGUUGGACCCCUCCUCCCUGUCUCUCAUAUCAUCCUUCCCUCACCUUCCCGCCUUUUCCCCCAUCCCUUGGCAUCAGCUGGCUCUUCCCCCAGGAAUGCACCCGGGCCUGCCCCUGGGCCCGCCAGACAUCUUUCUCUCAUCUCGCCUCAUUGCCUCCUCCCUGUGGGUUUCCCCUGCGUUCCCUCCCUCGCUCUCCUUCUUCCCCCCAACCCUUGGCAUCAGCCGGUUCUACCCCCAGGAAUGCACCCGGGCCUGCCCCUGGGUCAGCCAGACAUCUUUUCCCAGCUACGAGCAGCUGCGCUAGGAGGGGUGGGAGGGGUCGGAGGUGUGGGAGGAGUGGGGGGAGAGUUCGGCGGAGGAGCAGCAGCUUUAGACGUGCUGAAGCAGAGGCAACUGGGAGCGGCACAGCAGCAGCAGCAGCAGCAGCAGCAGCAGCAGCAGCAGCAGCAGCAGCAGCAGCAGCAGCAGCAGCAGCAGCAACAGCAGCAACAACAGCAGCAACAGCAACAGCAGCAGCAACAGCAGCAGCAGCAACAACAGCAGCAGCAACAGCAGCAACAGCAAGCACAACAACAGGGAUUGGCACAGCAAGCAGAGCAGCAGCAGCUGCUCCCAAGGCUGGGGUUUGUGGGCACCAAUCUGACCUCGGACUCUGCUGUCACAGGCUUCAAUCCUGCCGGCGACCCCGGUGCCUCUGGCCUGCUGCCCAUAGCGGAGCAAAUCCUGUCCGAGUUCCUGGCCAAGGCCACUGGCACGUCCAUGGACUUCGUUGAGAUGCCGGGAGUCAAGGUUGGAGCAGGCUACAUAGGCAAGGUCACCAUUGCAUGCGGGGGGCCUGGUGUUGCAGCUCGGGCGGCUGGCCUCGUCCUGCUGCCGCCCAGCAAGGCAGCGGAGCUCCUAAAGGACCGAGUGGCGUGGCUGAGGGAGUGCCGCCGCUGUGACGUGCUGGGGGGCUUCCGCACUCCCAAUGGGGGCACUGUGGAGCUCGUCUACACCCAGAUGUACGCACCAACAACCCUGGCGCCACCCAGGGAUCUCUGCACACUUCGCUAUACCUCCCUCCUGGAGGACGGCGUGGUGAUCUGCGAGCGCUCGCUCAGCAACGCACAUGGGGGCGCGUCCAUGCCCGCAGUGCCCUCGUUUGUGCGCGCCGAGAUGCUCCCCAGCGGCUACCUCAUCCGCCAGUGCGACGGGGGCGGGUCCGUCAUAAUCGCUGUUGAUCACCUCGACCUACAGGCGUCCAGCGUGCCCGAGGUGCUGCGGCCGCUGUACCAGUCGUCUGCAGCGCUGGCACACCGAAUGACCAUCGAGGCCCUGCGCUACCUGCGCAAGGUGGCCAAUGAGGGGUCGGGAGGGGGCGGUGAGGCCACCAGCGGGGAGGGAGGGGCGGCGGGCAGCAGGGCGGAGUCGGGGCGGCCGCAGGACCGGCAGCUCACGGCUUGGCGAGCGAUAGCAGAGCGCAUUGCCAUGGGUUUCAACGAUGCAGUGAAUGGGUUUCCAGACGAUGGGUGGGAGCAUCUCUUGCCCCCUCUCCCAUCUCCCUCCUCUCACGUCCCUCUUUCGGGUUUCAACGAGGCAGUGAAUGGGUUCACAGACUAUGGGUGGGAGCAGAUGGCGGGAGACGGCACGGCAUCUCUUACCCCCUCUCCCAUCUCCCCCCCUUCUCCCACCCCCCUUUCCUCCCCAAACUCCCUCCCUACAGGGGAUUCAACGAGGCAGGGUUUCAACGAGGCAGUGAAUGGGUUCACAGACGAUGGGUGGGAGCAGAUGCAGGGGGACGGCAUGGAUGACGUCACUCUGGCUGCCAGAGCCACGGGCGCGGGGGGGAAGGCCGCAGGGGGAAUGGGCGGAGGGGGAGAUGCCCCUGGGCCUGUGGGCGGGGGUGUGCUGUGUGCCAAGGCAUCCAUGCUACUGCAGGUGGGUGGGAAAUUGUAUGGGGGGAUAGGGGGAUGGGGGAAUGGGGGGAUGGGCGGAGGGGGGGAUGCGCCUGCGUUGGGCCUGUGGGCGGGGGAGUGCUGUGUGCCAAGGCAUCCAUGCUGCUGCAGGUGGGUGGGUUGGUGCUUCUGCAGGUGGGUGUCAAAUGGUAUGGUCCAUGCGUUCGCCCCAAAAGGGGGAGAUGCGCCUGGGCCUGUGGGCGGGGAAGUGUUGUGCGACAAGGCGUCUAUGCUACUGCAGGUGGGUGGGAAAUGGAAGAGCUUGUUAGGCGCCCAAGAAAAGGGGGGGAUAGGGGGAGGGGGAGAUGCGCCUGGGCCUGUGGGCGGGGGAGUGCUGUGCGCCAAGGCGUCUAUGCUACUGCAGAACGUCUCCCCAGUGUUGCUGAUCAAGUUCCUGCGCCACCACCGCUCCGAGUGGGCUGAUGGCACGAUCGAUGCGGACUCAGCAGCAGCAGUGCAGGCCACCAUGGGUGCUCGCGCUGCUGCUGCCGGCGCGGGGAAAGUGCCUCUGCCACUCGCCUAUGCUGUGGAUCAGGAGGAGUUCCUGGAGUUGGUGAAGCUCGAGCCAGCAGCUGCCACACGGGGGAUGGCCGGAGCGAGAGAAACGUUUCUGCUGCAGCUCUGCAGUGGCAUCGAGGACGACAGCACGUCGGGCUCCACGUCAGCAUCAUCCGCCACGUCAGCACCGCCGCACAGCGCGACAGCUCAGCUGGUGUUUGCCCCCGUGGACGCGGCCUCCACAGCUGACACCGUCCCGCUGCUGCCAUCUGGCUUCCGAGUCAUCCCUCUCUCACUGCCACCCUCCCAGGACGGGCAAACCCUGGACCUGGCGGCGUCUCUAGACAAGCAGUCGCAGCCGUCCCAGCAGCAGCAGCUGCGAUCAGUGCUCACCAUUGCCUUCCAGUUCGUGUUUGACUGCCCGGCAGCCAAGGAGGGGGUGGCCAACACAGCCAGGCAGUAUGUGCGGUCAGUCGUGGGGGCCAUUCAGAGGAUAUCUAUGAGCUUUUCCCCCCCGCAGCAACAGCAGCAGCCGCUGCAGAUGAUGCAGCAGAUGCAGCAACAGCAGCAGCAGCAGCAGCAGCAGCAGCAGCAGCAGCAACAGCAACAGCAGCAACAACAGCAGCAACAACAGCAGCAACAACAGCAGCAGCAGCAGCAGCAAAUGCAGCAAAUGCUGCAACAGCAGCAGCACCAGCAGCAGAUGAUGAUGAUGAUGCAGGUGGAGGGUUUGGGGGUGGGGGGGGAGCAGGGGGAGGGGGAGCAGGGGGAGGGGGAGGCGGGGGAGGUAGCAUUGGAGGCCCGACUUCGAGUGGCGGUGGUGGCAACGGUGGUGGUGGGGGCGGGGGAGGGGGAGGGGGUUCGCAUGCCAUGCAACUGGCCAGAUGGAUUGGUGGCAGUGGGGUCGGACCUGUCGCCAGCAGCAGGAGCAGCGCUGGCAGGGGGGGACUUGUCCCGCCUGCUGAGAGUGCUCUGGGAGCACCGUGAUGCCAUCAUAUGCAUCGCCUGGCGGGCAUCACCAGAGCUGCUCCUAGCAAACCAAUCAGGGCUGGACAUGCUUGCCACGUCAGCAGCUGACCUGUCCAAGGUCCCGUGGGAGAAGACCAUGGCUGACGAGGACGCUCGCUGCACCGCUGUCGCUGCCAUGUCACAAGCCAUACAGCAGGUAAGGUGCCAUGUCAGCAGAUAA